AUGGGAACUUUCUUUGAUAUUGUCCAAACUCUGAGCGUUCCUGAAAUUGAAUCGUUAAGUGAUGGUGGGCAUUCCGAUUUCAGGAAGCCCUCUACAAGGGUGGUAACUACUCAACUGCUAAUAGCAUUAUCCCUAGGCCUGUUCGCUUUACUGUGCUUUUCUCUCCUCCUGAAGAAGCUCCCAAGGCUGUACGCAAGCCGGAUGGGAAGGAAUCAUGGGUCGUUACCUACAUGGGACGAGAACUCACUGUUUUCAUGGCUGCCAGUGUUAUACAGGAUAACGGACAGCCAAGUGCUUGAGUUUGCUGGCCUCGAUGCUUAUGUCUUUCUAGGGUUUUUCAAAAUGUGCAUCAAGCUGCUGGCUAUCUGCUGCGCCUUUUCCGUGUGCUUGAUUUCUCCCAUACGACACCAUUUCACAGGGAGGUAUGAUGACGGAAAUGAUGAAGCGUCUUUCCUCCUAAAAAGUUCUGUGCAAGAUGGCGUAGAUGACGGGUCAAACGGAGGUCAGGCUCCCGAGCACGCCGAAGUUUACUUGUGGAUGUAUGUGAUAUUCACUAGUUUCUUUACACUUGUUGCCCUGAAGCUUUUGAUAGAACAAACUAAAAACGUCGUUGUUACCAGACAGUCCUUUUUGGGGAAGCAAAAUACUUUGACAGAUAGGACAAUAAGAUUGACAGGUAUACCAGUUGAGCUAAGGGAUCCAGAAGCCCUCAAGGCGAGGAUAGAAGAGUUGAAAAUCGGAAAAGUUGCGUCUGUUAGCAUAUGUCGCGAAUGGGGCCCUUUGAACAACUUAUUCAAUUAUAGGAAAAAGGUUCUUCAGAAACUAGAACUCAAGUACAGCGAAUGUCCAGAAGCGCUCCGUGAUCUGGAACACUUCGACGAAAACUAUAGGUUGAGAAGCGAAACGUCUCUUUCUUCCGACGAGCAGUUAGGACUGAACCACGAUUCAGCGUUUGCUCCUGAUGCUCCUGAUUCAAGUCGCAUUUAUUCUGAUAUUCAACUUCGCGGUCGCCAAAAGAUAAGAACUGGUCUUUUUGGCAUCUUUGGUGAGCGCGUCGAUGCCAUUGAUUACCUGGAGAAACAACUAAAGUUUAUCGACGGGGAGAUUAUUGAAGCACGCAAAAAGACGUACCCGGCAACGCCCACUGCCUUCGUGACGAUGGACUCUGUUGCCAACGCACAGAUGGCGGCACAGGCAGUCCUUGAUCCUCGCGUUCACUUCUUCAUGACAAGAUUAGCUCCUGCACCACAUGAUAUCAAAUGGGACAACGUUUGCUUAUCACGAAAAGAACGGUUGGUGAAAGUAUGGUCAGUAACUAUCUUCAUCGGAGUUUGCAGCUUGUUUCUGCUUAUUCCCGUGUCAUACCUCGCAACUUUGCUCAACCUCAAAACUCUAUCAAAGUUUUGGCCUCAACUUGGUCAGUACUUGAAGAAAAACCAUUGGGCACAGACCCUUGUUACAAGCCUUCUGCCAACGUAUCUUUUCACCCUUUUAAACGUUGGAAUACCCUAUUUUUAUGAAUUUUUGACGUCGCGUCAAGGGCUCGUCUCAUACAGCGAGGAAGAGACUUCGCUAGUCUCAAAGAACUUCUUUUACAUCUUCGUCAAUCUGUUUUUGGUGUUCACACUUGCAGGGACUGCUUCAAAUUACUGGGGCUAUUUGAGCGAUACUACAAAAAUAGCGUACCAGCUCGCAACUUCAGUCAAGGAGUUCUCUCUCUUCUACACAGAUCUCAUAAUCCUUCAAGGAGUUGGGAUGUUUCCCUUCAAACUCCUACUAGCUGGCAGUCUCAUUGGUUUCCCAUUUAUUAAAAUUAAAUGUAAAACUCCGAGACAAGAAAGUGAGAUGUUGAGGCCCCCAAUUUUCAAUUUUGGAUUACAGCUGCCCCAACCCAUCUUGAUUCUCAUAGUUACGCUCAUCUACAGUGUGAUGAGCACCAAAAUUUUGACAUCGGGUCUUGCAUACUUUGUGAUUGGGUUUUACGUCUACAAAUAUCAGUUGGUCUUUGCGACUGACCAUCUUCCUCACUCCACUGGAAAAGUGUGGCCCUUGAUCUUUAGAAGGGUGAUUUUGGGGCUACUGCUAUUCCAACUAACAAUGGCAGGAACAUUGGCGGGCUUUCAGGGUGGUUGGGUAUUAUCGUGUUGCUUAGCACCACUUCCUCUUAUUACGCUCAGCUUUUUAUGGGACUUCGAGAAAAAUUAUCUGCCUCUUUCGAACUUCAUUGCACUAAGUUCUAUCAGGGAACAUGAACGUGACAACUCAACCGUUUCAAGUCCAUUUGAAAGUGGCAACUAUCAGUACCCAUACUUGGUCGCUCCUCUGGAGAGACCUAUUGUGAGAAGAGCAGCUUAA